GCCCUUCUGUGGUGGGCUUGGUCUCCACCCCAGGGAUGGCCAAGCUGCUGGACGAGGCUCCCCUGGUCCUGGAGCCUGAGAAGCAGGUGGCUCCCCAUGGGACACACAAGGACUUGCUGCCCACAGUCUCAUCUGUCCUGCUCUCAGAUGUCAUCUCAGCCUUUUUGAGCAGCAACGACACCACGAACCUCAGCUCAUCAGUUACCUUCACCUUCUCCCAUCCUCCAGUGACCCUUGCACCAAGGCACAAGGUGCUCUGUGUCUUCUGGGACCACAGCCAGAAUGGGAGUCACUGGACCACUGCAGGCUGCAGGACAGUGAGCACUGGAGGUGGCAGAACCACCUGCCACUGUACCCACCUCAGCAGCUUUGCUGUCCUCAUGGUCCACUACAAUGUGCAGGACGACGACCCCGUGCUGAGCCUCAUCACCUGCGUGGGGCUGGGCGUGUCGCUGCUGUGCCUGGUCCUGGCCGCCCUCACCUUCCUCCUGUGCAGAGCCAUCCAGAACACCAGCACCUCCCUGCACCUGCAGCUCUCGCUCUGCCUCCUGCUGGCCCACCUGCUGUUCCUCACGGCCAUCGACAGAACCCAGCCCAAGGUGCUCUGUGCGGUCACCGCGGGCGCCCUGCACUACCUCUACCUGGCCUCCUUCACCUGGAUGUUGCUGGAGGGGCUGUUUCUCUUCCUCACCGCUAGGAACCUGACUGUGCUCAGUUCCUCCAGCAGAAACAGGCUCGUGAAGAGGCUCAUGUUCCCUGUGGGCUACGGGGUCCCGGCCGCCAUCGUGGCCGUGUCUGCAGCAACCAGACCUCACCUGUAUGGCACCCCUGCUCGAUGCUGGCUCCACACAGAAAAGGGGUUUAUAUGGGGCUUCCUAGGACCCGCCUGUGCCAUCUCUUCUGUCAAUAUGGUUUUCUUCCUGAUGACCCUCUGGAUUGUGAAGAGCAAGCUGUCCUCCAUCAACAGAGAUGUAUCUACCCUCCAGAACACGAGGGUGCUGACAUUUAAAGCAAUGGCUCAUCUCUUCAUCUUGGGCUGCACCUGGUGUCUGGGUGUCCUGCAGGUGGGCUCCCUGGGCCCCGUCAUGGCCUACCUCUUCACCAUCAUCAACAGCCUGCAGGGCGUCUUCAUCUUCCUGGUGUACUGCCUCCUCAGUCAGCAGGUCCAGGAGCAGUACAGGACAUGGCUCAAGAGGAUCAGGAAAUGGACAACUGAAUCUGAGUCCUAUACUCUCUCUACCAAGGUUGUGUCUGAUGCCUCCAGACCCAGCACGACUGAUUAAAAAGACCAUCUGAGCUACAGCCUCCUUCCCCAUGGAAAAUCUGAACCUCCAAUGGGUUACUUUUUAGCCAUUAGGAAAGGACAAAGACUCUGUGCUGUGUGUUUCAAGAAAUUCAUGGUGUUGGCCAUGUGAAGGGAUUCUUGGAGGACAUGAUCAACAUUCAACUCUUGCAGAACCUGAAAUCUGUCCAUGCCCAACAUGGUGCUGAGCAAACUCAACAUCCAGAUGCCAUCUGCAGCCCAAUUCCUCAGUUUCUCUGUUAAAUGUUCUUCUACUGCCCCCCUUCCUAUGAGACCUCUUCAAUGCAAAAAUUCUAGAAGCAAGAAAACCAGCCUCCCAGGAUGCUCACAUCCACAGCAUUUAAAAGGACUUGAAUGUGCUUUAAAUUUUUAACAAAAAAAGGAAGAAAAGAAAACAUAAAAGGUUUGUAUGGAAAUAUUAUGGUGUCUGCAAGGAAGAUGGCAUGCCCUAUGUGGGAUUUGGACUUUUCAGGGUGUGGAAGGCUCCCAAGAAUGCCAUAUGCUUAAAUCUUUCAUAGUGCUGAAGUCAUGGCCAAAUUGCCAAGAAAAUAGAUCCCUGGAUAAUGUCAUGACAGUUGUGUUAGUGAAAUCAGGAGGAGGAGAUAAGACUGAGCAGACAGGGAGAUGGGCCUGGGUCACUUCCUGGGCAGUGAGUACAAAUAGCACCUGCAGAUAUUUGCUAAGAAACGUACAAAAAGUCUAUUUUUUCAGUCAGGACAUAUGUAACUGUGGUCCGUGCCUCUCCACGGAAGAAAAAAUGCCUGAUGGACAUUUUGAAUAGACUGAAGGCUGCAUGGACACUGCGUGCCAUGCCCAGGAGUGGGCAGGGGGUUGACUUCCUUAAACCUCUAGAUCUAUAUAAACCCCUAGACAAUAGCCACACUUCAGUGUCCCUCUCUGGGACCCCUCCCUCUUGGGGAGCUCUGCUUUCUAUUACCCUAAUAAAUCCUGUUACUUUGCUCUCACUCUUUUGUCCAUAGAAGUUCAUUCUUUAAAUUUUUGAGAGAAAGAACCCAACCCCACGCUCUAUGCUACAUUAGUAAUAAUCUUGUUUUCUUUCCAAAAAUAAUUUAAAUCAGAAUUUUUGCCUUAAAUAAAAUCCAUUAAAUAUUUUCAU